UUAAUUUAAUUUGUUGAAAUGUCGCAGCUUGUGGCUUGUUCUCCGAACUUUUCCGAGGGCUGUCGUGAAGACGUGAUUUCGGCGAUCGCCGACGCUCUGAAAGAAACGUCCGGCUGUUGGCUGUUGGACGCGAAUCCCGACGAUAAGGCGAACCGCACGGUGUACACGGUCGUCGGCCAUCCCGACGCCGUCAUCAACGCAGUAAUAGCCGGUGCGAAAGUCGCCAAACGCCUAAUAAAUAUGGAAAAGCAUGCAGGUGACCAUCCUAGAGUGGGAGCACUCGAUGUGUGUUCGUUUAAGCCUGUGAAGGGAGUGAGUAAGGAGAUGUGUGUCGAGUGCUCGUGUUCAUUUGCUGAACGUCUGGGCAGGGAGUUGGCAGUGCCCGUCUAUUUGUACGAGAUGUCGAGCACACAGGAGCACAGGAAGACACUGAAUCAGAUCAGAGCGGGAGAAUACGAAGGCCUACCAGACAAAAUUGUCAAGCCCGAGUGGCGACCUGACUAUGGGCCUCCUCGUUUUGUUCCUUCGUGGGGAGUGACAGUGACUGGAGCUCGAUGUUACUCUCUCAAUUUUAAUAUUAAUUUGUUGGCAACGAAGGAACAGGCGAAUCGUAUUGCGUUGAAUAUAAGAGAAGAGGGGAGAUCACCAGAUCAGCCUGGAAGGUUGAGAGCUGUGAAGGCUCAAGGACAGAUGAUUCCUGAGAGACGAAUGGCCCAGAUUGCUGUCACGGUGAUGGAUCAUGAGACGACACCCAUUCACGUUGUUUAUGAGGAAUGCUUGAAAGAUGCAAAGGAGCUAAGGAUUGCUGUUGUCGGGUCUCAACUUGAGGGGAUGGUACCUCUCAGUGUUCUUCUCGCUGCAGCAAACUUCUACAUUCAUAGAGAUGAUUUGUUCAUCAUCGAUGAAGAUCAGAAACUUCGACUGGCUAUUGAAAGACUCGGACUGGAUUCCUUAGAAAAGUUUGAUCCAAAAUCUCAGAUCAUAGAGUAUGUGAUCGAGCAGGGCUCAAGUGGGGCUGUACUCUCUAUGCCUGUUCGUGGGUUCGUCGAAGCUGUGGCUGCACGAUCGUACACGCCAGGAGGUCUUGCAGUGGCUGCUACUGCUGCAGCAUUGGGCUCUGCACUGGCUACUAUGUCAGGUUGGAUGACAUUCGGGUUGAAGCGAUUCGAAACUCUGGAAGUAACAAUGAGGGAACUCAUCCCUCCAUUGACACGUUCAACUGAGGAGCUUAUGAAAUUGAUGGAUUUGUCACACAACGAGAACACGACAUCAAGAAGUCAAUCAGCCAAUGUUGACAGCGAUGAGUUCCAGCUUCCUAUUCGGGUUAUGCGAGCCGUCAACCAGUGCUGGUCGCCAUUUCUUCAACUUGCUAAACAUGCAAGCAUCGCAUGCAAACCUGACAUGCAGAUCGGUGCUAAGAACUUGGAAACGGGGGCGUGGUCAGCACUGCAGAUGCUUUUGUCUGCUGCUCAGGACAUCACGAAUUUUGAGCAGAGAAGCAAGAUCACAUCAGAAGCUCGAGGAGAGAUGCAGCACUGUGAGGAAAUGUGCAGAGAGGUCUUACGCCUACUAGAGCAGAGGACGAGAUAAAUUUACGAACACCACUACAACACAUUGUUUGACAGCUAACCAAUGCCUCCCACCUUCAGUUGUAGGUAAAGAACGCAUAUUGCAAUGAACACUGUGUGAUAUUUUCCAUUAAUGUUCGUCCAUGGGCACAUCUAGUACCAUUUGUGUUGAAAUUUUAAUUUAAAAUUUUUUGGUAUUUUGAA